UAAAUGUUUUUAUUAUUGGCUACUAUUGUCAAGGUUCCACGGCAUUUUCCAGGUAAUUAUUUUUAGUGGCUCCCAUUUUUCAUUGCUUUUGUUGUUUUAUUGAGAACUUCUCAGACAAAGUUGAAGACGGCAAUGGUGAUGGCAGAUUCGAUUUCACAGAAUAUCCCUUGGUUCACAGUGAACCCAUUUUUGACUCAGAAGUUAGCAUUUGUGGCUAGAGUAAGUGAUCCAAAAUUUCCUGGUGACUCAAAUGUCUGUAUUCUACACAACUUUGGAAAGGAUGUAUUAUUUUACACUUCAAAACCCCUGCCACCUGAAGUGGCCUAUAAAACCCCAGAUGAACUCCAGUUGUGCCAUUGCUGCUGUCUCCUCUCCUCACUUCAGUCAUCCUCCUGAGGCCAGCUUGCUGUGACUUUCUGAUUUUCCUCCAGGGGCUGAUGGGAUUGGGGCUCACCCUGUAGGCAAGCUGCUCUGUGGAGGCUGGGGCAGGCCCUUCUCUGGGUUUGAGUCACCACUGCAGGGUUCCCCGCCCUCUCAGGAGCAGAUGUCCCGCCCAGGGCACGGCCCUGACCCUCGCGGGGACACGGUGGCUGAGUAGGCUAGCGCCUCUCUGAGCCUCUGCCAGCGGCCUAGCUGAAGGCCCGCCGCCAUGUUCCGGGUACUGGUGGUGGGCGCCGGGCUAACCGGAAGUUUGUGUGCCGCGCUGCUGAGGAAGGAGAUAACCGCUCCCCUGUACCUCGCCCUGUGGGACAAGGCUGGGGACAUAGGGGGAAGAAUGACUACUGCCAACAGUCCUCAUAAUCCCCGAUGCACGGCUGACUUGGGAGCUCAGUACAUCACCUGUACUCCUCAUUAUGCCAAAAAGCACCAAAAUUUUUAUGAGGAGCUUUUAGCUCAUGGGAUUUUGGAGCCUCUGACGUCUCCCAUUAAAGGAAUGGAAGUGAAGGAAGGAGAAAGCAACUUUGUGGCACCUCACGGCGUUUCUUCCAUUAUCAAGUACUACUUGAAAGAAUCAGGUGCUGAAGUCUUCCUCAGGCAGUGUGUGACUCAGAUCAAUCUAAGAGAUAACAAGUGGGAAGUCUCUGAGGACACCGGCUCCACCCAGCAGUUUGACCUUGUCAUCCUUACCAUGCCAGCUCCUCAGAUUCUGGGUCUUCAAGGUGACAUUGUGAACUUAAUUAGUGAACGCCAGAGGCAGCAACUGGCAUCUGUGAGCUACUCCUCUCGCUAUGCUCUGGGCCUCUUUUAUGAAGCAGGCAUGAAGAUUGAUGUCCCUUGGGCUGGCCAGUACAUCACCAGUAAUCCCUGCAUACGCUUCAUCUCCAUUGACAGUAAGAAGCGCAACACAGAGUCAUCAGAAUGUGGCCCAUUGCUGGUGGUCCAUACCACCGUCCCAUUUGGAGUCACACACUUGGAGCACAGUGAGGAGGAUGUGCAGGAGUUAAUCACCCAGCAACUGGAAACCAUUCUGCCGGGCUUGCCGCCGCCAGUUGCUACCAAAUGCUGGAAGUGGAGAUAUUCACAGGUUACAAACUCAGCUGCCAACAGUCCCGGCCAGAUGACUCUUCAUCUCAACCCUUUCCUGGUGUGUGGAGGGGAUGGAUUCACUCACUCCAACUUCGAUGGCUGCGUUGCCUCUGCCCUGAGUGUCGUGGAAGCUUUAAAGAGUUAUAUUUAGUAUAUACAUCUGAAGUCAUUGGACAGAAAAUGUCUCGAACCUUUAUGAACAAUGGAAUACUUAUAUCCUACAAGGGAGGGAAAAAACUUGUAAAGAGGGAGAUGGGUUAGUAGUGGAAUCAUUCUUGCAAGACAUUCCUAAGAUAUUUCAUAGCUGUUCAUUCUAAGCAUAUUAUUCUACAAUUUUGUUAAGAUGUUCCAAUGUGAGCAGAGACUCCAUCCUCCUCAGAACCGAGAUCAUUGUCACCUCACUGUUUCAGUCAUGCUGAAGACCCCUGCUGCAUUUGAACUUCCACCUGCUUCUUCCCCUUUCGAAGAAAUAGCUAAGGAAGUCCAUGUUCUAGUAGCUAUUGGAAGGAUGCUAUAAAAGACUGCAGGGCAAAGAAGUCCACCAUUACCCCCUCAGGAAGAUGGGAGUCAACCAAGCUUAAAACAGUGCUGGGGUGCACGUCUACUUCACAAGACCACACAUUGCCACCGUAUUUCCAAGUGAGGACUUUUAUUAGUCAAGCCAGGCAGGGAAAGCUGCUGUGUUUUGAAAGGAGCAUAUUCAAGUGAGAAACGGCUUGAGCAGUGGGGUGAUUUAAUACUUGUUAGCUGAUAAAUAUAGCCUUUGCCAGAAUAAACCUUUAUGAUGCCCGUUGAAAA